CCGAGCGUGUGUGAAUGGUGCAGCUGGCUUCUGUUAAUGCCGGAGAGCCAACUGGUGCAGUGGCUCAACCAGCUGUACCUGCCACUCGACAAUAAGGUGACUGUGGCCACGUAUUCUGAGGGGACAACAUACGCCUCGUUGUCACAAAUGUAUCAGGUCUCCCCCACCAUGAAGAAAGAGAUCCUCCCGUCCGGCCAGUGGUCCCUUAGAGCCCCGUCGUUAGGAAAGUCCAGUUUGGAUGAGGCGAAGGGCACCCAAAGAACGAGGAGGCACGUCAAGAGAGCCUGGGAGGAGUUCAAAAGUUCCCUUGGGUCAGGAGAGAGAGCAGAGGCCAAGGAGGUGACUUUCGGCGUGGUGUGGGGAGUGAUAGGUGACCCAGUGCUGAGACGGACUGACCUAACAGGCCUCCACCUCCGUUGUACCACAAUACAC